AUUCUGCUGUGUUAUUGUCAAUCUUCAAAAUUGUUGAAUGAAAAAAGAUUGGACGUCAUUUUUAAAGCGCGCCACAAUUUUAUAUAUCUGGAGAAAUCGCGUCUACCGAGAACAUCUUUUCUUCACACAUCAACAUGGCAACAAUUACACGCAGAGCUUCACGCUCUUUGGUUGCUGACGCAAUGUCAUCAGUGUCAAGAUUAUCUACAGUAUCAAGAAGUACAACUCUGACCCGUCAAUCAAGACAUUUUUCCAAUACUUUCCGAAAUGCGGCGACCCCAACUUCAAGCUACACACAAAGGACAUCGGUUACAACGAAGCCUCCAACAAGCUCUGCAGUCCCUGUAGCCAAACCGAAAGAGCCAGAAGCUGCGAUAGAUGAUCAGUCACCCAUCAAGGACAUGACCGAGGGGCUUGCAGACGAACCAUUGAUUUUGGAUGAAGGAGUUAGACAGGUUGAUUGGACAAGAUCAUAUCACGGGUUAUCGUCCCAGCCAUUCUCUAAAGAAGCUGCAGACAUUCUACUCGCACCAAUUCCUCCUGAUGAUGUGGAAGUCAAGCCAGAUGGUAUUAUAUACUUGCCGGAAAUCAAAUAUCGAAGAAUAUUGAAUAGGGCUUUUGGACCUGGUGGGUGGGGUUUGGCACCAAGGGGAGAAACAAUUGUUACGCAGAAGAGUAUCACAAGAGAAUAUGCUCUCGUUGCUCAUGGACGGCAAGUUUUCGAGUUUUCUAUAUAGUUUGAAGGGGUACAACUAACUAUUUCCUCUAUGCAGAUUGGUAUCCGUGGCUCGUGGUGAACAAGACUAUUUCGCCCCCGAAGGCAUUCCGACCGCGACAGAAGGAUGCAAAUCGAACGCUCUGAUGCGCUGCUGCAAGGACCUUGGCGUGGCCAGUGAGCUUUGGGAUCCCAGAUAUAUCAGGAAGUUUAUGAAGCAAUAUGCGAAGCAAGUUUGGGGCGAACAUGUUGUCACCAAGAAGAAGAAACAAUUAUGGGUGAGGAAGGAUGACGAGAUUAGAUACCCAUACAAGGAGUCAAAGUUCGGCGCAUAGAUGCCUUUAUGAUUAUGUUACAGAUUAUGAGUUAGCCCGGGUAUGCGAAUGGCAACGUGUUGUAUUAUAGAGGGCGUGGUGAUGUUCAAGGUAAUAUCUAGAUUCCGAGAAGGGGAAUGAAGAAGAUGCCGAUAGUAUAAAAAUCUCCCAUACGUCAGACGAUUGUCUU